AUGAUGAUUAGUUGCACCAGAACCGCCAUACUCCCACUGCGAAGACGUCUCAUGACCGCUUCCACCGCCUACCCCAUCAAGUUCGCCUCGUCCAUCAUUCCCGGCUACGGCCGCGGCUCUGCCGAUCUCGGGAUCCCUACAGCCAACAUCCCCAUUGAUGACGUGCCGGUGCUUGAUGCCCUCGAUACUGGAAUCUACUACGGUCUCGUUCAGAUCCUCAAAACCGACAAGCCCAGCGAGAAGAAGACGAGCGAGUUCCAGAAAGACCGGGUCGUGGACUUUCAGUACACCAACAAGCUCAAUGACCAGGAGAUCAACGCCGUUCUGCCCAUGGUCAUGAGUGUGGGGUGGAAUCCGUUCUACAAGAACGACCAAAAGUCGGCCGAGAUUCAUAUCAUUCACAAGUUUGCACAUACCUUCUACGGCGCAUCGAUCAAGGUAAUGGUGCUGGGCUACCUGCGACCCGAGAAGAACUUCACCAGUUUGGAGGCUCUGGUCGAUGAGAUCCACAACGAUAUCAAGGUCAGUGAAGAGAAGAUGGAGGGGACCAGAGAGAAGAAGGACCAGUUCUGGCAGUGA